CGAGCGCCAGCGGCGGGCGCUGAAUGAGAGACGCCGGCUGCUCCGCUCGCCCGGCGCUACCCUCGGCGGUUGCGGCGGUGGAACGUGAGGCCGGCGUCGCCCUUCCAGCCCUUGAGGUGGCGGCCGCGGCCGCACAGGAAUAAUGUAUUUGUGGCCUUGGACAUGAAGUAAUCAGUCCUCUGCUGUUUACAUAGAUCAGGGACUGAUGAGAGAAGCAUGGACCUAAUGAACGGGCAGGCAAGCAGUGUUAAUAUCCCAGCUACUGCUUCUGAGAAAAGUAGCAGCUCUGAAUCCUUAAGUGACAAAGGUUCUGAAUUGAAGAAAAGCUUUGAUGCUGUGGUAUUUGAUGUUCUUAAGGUUACACCAGAAGAAUAUGCGGGUCAGAUAACACUAAUGGAUGUCCCAGUAUUUAAAGCUAUUCAACCAGAUGAGCUUUCAAGUUGUGGGUGGAAUAAAAAAGAAAAAUACAGUUCUGCACCAAAUGCAGUUGCCUUCACCAGAAGAUUUAAUCAUGUAAGCUUUUGGGUUGUGAGAGAGAUUCUUCAUGCUCAAACAUUAAAAAUUAGAGCAGAAGUUUUGAGCCAUUAUAUUAAAACUGCUAAGAAGUUGUAUGAGCUUAAUAACCUUCACGCACUCAUGGCAGUGGUUUCUGGCUUACAGAGUGCCCCGAUUUUCAGGUUGACUAAAACAUGGGCGCUCUUAAGUCGAAAAGACAAAGCUACCUUUGAAAAAUUAGAAUAUGUAAUGAGUAAAGAAGAUAACUACAAAAGACUCAGAGACUAUAUAAGUAGCUUAAAGAUGACACCUUGCAUUCCCUAUUUAGGUAUCUAUUUAUCAGAUUUAACGUACAUUGAUUCAGCAUACCCAUCAACUGGCAGCAUUCUAGAAAAUGAGCAGAGAUCAAAUUUAAUGAAUAACAUCCUUCGAAUAAUUUCUGAUUUACAGCAAUCCUGUGAAUAUGAUAUUCCAAUGUUGCCUCAUGUCCAAAAAUACCUGAACUCGGUCCAAUACAUAGAAGAACUACAAAAGUUUGUGGAAGACGAUAAUUACAAGCUGUCAUUAAAGAUAGAACCAGGAACAAGCACACCACGUUCUGCUGCUUCCAGGGAAGAUUUAGUAGGUCCUGAAGUAGGAGCAUCACCACAGAGUGGUAGGAAGAGUGUGGCUGCAGAAGGAGCCCUGCUCCCUCAGACACCCCCAUCCCCUCGGAGCCUGAUUCCACACGGACACAGGAAGUGCCAUAGCCUGGGCUAUAAUUUUAUUCAUAAAAUGAACACAGCAGAGUUUAAGAGUGCAACAUUCCCAAAUGCAGGCCCAAGACAUCUGUUAGAUGAUAGUGUCAUGGAACCCCAUGCUCCAUCUCGAGGCCAAGCUGAAAGUUCUACUCUUUCCAGUGGAAUAUCAAUAGGUAGCAGUGAUGGUUCUGAACUAAGUGAAGAGACCUCUUGGCCUGCUUUUGAAAGGAACAGAUUAUACCAUUCUCUCGGCCCGGUGACAAGAGUGGCACGAAAUGGCUAUCGGAGCCACAUGAAGGCCAGCAGUUCUGCAGAGUCAGAAGAUUUGGCAGUACAUUUAUAUCCAGGAGCUGUUACUAUUCAGGGUGUUCUCAGGAGGAAAACUUUGUUAAAAGAAGGCAAAAAACCUACAGUAGCAUCUUGGACAAAAUAUUGGGCAGCCUUGUCUGGAACACAACUUUUUUACUAUGCUGCCAAAUCUCUGAAGGCUACAGAAAGAAAACAUUUCAAAUCAACAUCAAAUAAGAACGUCUCUGUAGUCGGAUGGAUGGUGAUGAUGGCUGAUGACCCAGAACAUCCAGACCUCUUCUUAUUGACUGACUCUGAGAAAGGAAAUUCAUACAAGUUUCAAGCUGGCAGUAGGAUGAAUGCAAUGCUGUGGUUUAAACAUUUGAGUGCAGCCUGCCAAAGUAACAAACAACCGGUUCCUACGAACUUGAUGACUUUCGAGUAAAAGCCUAAGAGAAAGUGAAGGUAAACCAUUAGGACCUGAGGAAACAGCGCCAGCUGCAAACCAUCCUGUGCCAGGCAGAGCCCUGAGCUGCAUCAGCCUUUGGAGUUCUGAACCAAAAGAGCACUAAUUUCAGGGAAUGAAGUGAAAUAUUCCCAGAGAACAAUUUGGAGUUGCAAAAAAAAAAAAAAAAAAACUGCCAUAAACCAUGCUUCUUAACUCAAACUGACUUGUGGAAACCACUGCCUUAAAAGAAUGAAAGGAAAACCAACAUGAAACACCAAAUAGUGUGUGUGAAUCUUCUGGCGGUGCUGUGCUUGGAGUAGAUUGUAGCUAAGUUGCAUUUCUUUUAAUUUUGUAAUAAUUUUGGAGGGGGAACCACCUUUUUAGAUACACUUUAAAAAGGAAAAACAUUUCUUAGGGAUUAUAUGAGGAGCUGGUUUUGAACUGCAGCUGACACAUUUAAUUUAGUAGGGACUAUACCAGCAGCCCACCUAUAGUGUGUGCAUUCUCCUUUGUUUUCGCACUGCAAGAGUAUAGAAAUGGGAAAUGUUAGUAAGUCAUGUGAGUUAUCAGGGUUUGGUUGGGAUAAGGGGCUUGUUUGUUUUGUGUUGAAUGAGGGAAGAUCUUUUUAAACUGUUAGGGAACAUUAUUUCCACAGGAGACACAAAAGCUGAGUGUUCAUACGCCAGAGUAUUUUUAAGUAGGCUCCAGAACACAUGGUUGCUUCUAACUAAGGUUAAUGCUUAGUUUCAUUUAUGAAGUCAUUGUUCAGCCAUAGAUCUGCUUAAUAGAAAACUAUAACCCCAAACUAAAGUUUCCUGAGAUCUUAGAAUAACUAGAAUUUUUUCAAGUUAAUCGAAUUAUCUCUUUUAAUCACAGUUUUUUUUUUUAAACAUCAAGGGUGAUACUGAUAUUUUGCCAGGAUACUUUCUUUUACAGUGUUUAUUGUGCAUAAUGCCAGAGUUAUUUUUUUAUUCAUUUUUGUUCAGUAUGAAAGUCAAGACCUAUUUGUUUAAAAGAUACUUCAUAUAUGUAUUUUACCUUAAGACAAAAUAAUCAUAAGGAUAAAGGCUGAAUUUGAGGUUCUAGGAAUUUUAGCCCUUUCCUUCUUAUGUAACUCACCAUUUUUCUGAAAGCUUACUAUAGGUCUCUGACAUAAACCUUAUUUUUCUGUAAUUGACCCAAGCCAUUUUGAGAGAGUUAGUCUAUGCAAUAGUGCAUUUUAAUUUCUAAAAUAAGUAUUGACCUUAAGAAGUCUUGAAGGUGAGAUACCUUGGGAUUUUUUAACAAGAAAUAACUCUUGAAUAAAGAUUCUAUGUUGAAUGUUACAGAUUUGUAAGGCAUCAUAAAUUUUACUAAUGGCCCAGAGUAAGAAUGUUUUUUGACUAAUACCUGCUAAUAGACUUGUGUUAUUUUCAGUCUCACAUGAAAUUUGCAUACUUUUUUAAAAAUUGCAAGUAUUUUAGCCUCAAGUCCAUUAAACUUAAGUAGAAGAUACUGCAUAUACAAUAAUUAGCUAAAACUGUGUCCAAAGAAAAACAUGAGAACUUUCUGUAUUUUUGGUUUAAAGAGUUCAAAUAUGUUUCUCGUAUAACAAUUAGAAAUACACUGUUUCCAGGUUUUAGUGAGAUAGGCUGGAGAGGGUAAAUGUUGCCUAUGCUGAAUGAUUUUUCAGUCAGUGAUCUAAGCUUAACCCAUGUUGGGUACACAUAGAAAGACACCAUCUGCAUAGCCAGCAGUAUUACUGUGUAGACCUUGUACAUCUUUCUUUUGUUUUACAUUUUUAAAAGUUCCUUAAUUUGAUUAUUAUUUUUAGAAAUAAUGUUUUGAUAGUAUAUAUGCUUUUUAUAAAAUAUUGUGAAUUUAGAACCCUGUGGAUUUUUUUGUCAUGAAUAAGCUAAGGUGUAGAUACAUUGUAAGUUAACCAUAUCUAUAGAGAUAGGUAACUGAAAGUGAGAGGUGACAUCACACAGUUUUGCCAAAGAGCAAGCACUAAGAUGGAAGAUGUGUUUGACAUUUUCAAACUAUAAACAUUAAUAGUUGCUUUAUAGAGUAAAAAUACUGUUCAAAUUUGGUUAACCAGUCCAUAGAUUAAACUAACAGUUUGAUAGGAAUCUUCAUUUUCUCUUGUUAAAUUUACUUAUUCAAAAGAUUAGCUAUUACAUUCUAAGAUUAUUUCAUCAUUUGAAACAUUGAAACCAGUGAGAAAUGAAUUAGUGUAUGUGAGGGGUUUUUUUAACUCUAUAAUUCACAAAAUGUAAGUCAUCAAAUUAUAUUAAAUAUUUUCAGUAGCUUACUACUUGAAAGAUAAAUCUUUUUCUGCCUUAAGCUGAAAAUUAGUGACCCAGAAGUUCAAAAUUUCCUAGGUAAGAGGAAAUUACUCAGAAUUUAGUUGUAAUUUAAAUAGCUAGUUUAUGAACAUAUUGAUUAGCAUGUCAUACGCUGGUGUGGUAAGUGUGCAUACAAAAUAAACUACGUAAUGAUCUUCCUAAAGCACUGCUUUGUUUCAUACCCCCUCUGUUUUCAGGUUUUAUUUUUCAGAAUAUCUUUCAUUAUAACCUCAAAGUUACAAGAAUUGAAUUGAUCAAACACAUCUUCCUUUUCCAUUUUCUUCAGUUUAUAAAUGCUGCUUAAGCAUUACAAAAAGGGAUCCAAACAAUCUUGAGUGUUUUUUUUUUUUUUUAAUUCUCUCUCAGCAUGUGCUUCAAGGACAACUUUUUCCUGUGUGAAAAAUUCUAUACAACUAUUGCACAACCUUCUGAAUAGAGUGUUGAUAUUAGGUUUUAUGUCCAGAAUUGGGGUGCUUAUACUUGCAACAGUUUUAUAAAUGGCUUUUCAAUCUUCUAGAAGAUUUACAAAAGAGCACAAGAAGCGCUAUUACUAUAGAAGAAAAAAGACUGGGAGAAAUGUUUACAGUCUAGCAUAUCUAUGUUACUUGAAAUUCAGCCCUCUGAGAUGAGCCAAUCUCAGAAUUACUAGCAUUUACUUUACUAAUGACUUUAGCAUAAGUGUUAUCCCCCUCUAAGGUUAAAUCUGUAAGCUAUAUACAUUUAUUACUGAAAAUAAAAUUGAUCAGCAUCAUUCUAUUUCGAAAUCAAUACUAAUAGUAGAUUUAACCCAUUGGCUUUUUAAGACUAUAGAUUGACUGUUGAUACCUUCCUGGUUUUGAGGCAUAUUCCUUUAAAACUAGUAUUUGUUUAAACCACCAUGUAUCUUACGCCAACAGGGGAUAUCAGUGUUACUUAAUAUAAGAUAAUCUUGAAUAAAAAGAAGUCUUUUGCCUCAAAUGCUUCUAAUUGGAUCCCUUUUUGAAAGAUAAAUACUGACUGUAUUUGGUAGAAUAGUACUACUGUUGCCCGAUACCAAGCAAGUGAUGAGGUUUGUUUGGCUUCUUUUAGUGACCUUUUAGGAGUUUGUUUUUUUCUUUUAUAAGUUCUUUCAAACUUUUUAUGAUUUCACAGUUAUAUAUUCUGAGAUUUUUUUUCUAAAAUUGAGAUACAGUUAUUAAAUCCCACUGGUGACUUAAUUUCUUUCCAUGUAAACCUUCUCAAAAUGAUUUAAGUACCUUUAGUUUUCCUCCCCUAAAAAAUGGCUUGUGUCUAAAGAGACUCUUUUCUGUUUAGAGGGUUCUAAAGAAAAAGAUCUGUGCUUAAAACCCUUCCACUGAAAGCAAUUUCCUUUCACCUGCAUCUCUAGUUGUAGUCUGGAGAAAUUUGAUCAGUGCCUUAGCAGUUUGAAGACCAAUUUUUAGAGCAUUGAGUAUGACAGUGAUCAUUUGCCCCUUUACCUCAGGAGUAUGCUGACUCUCUCUCUGCCAGCAAGUCUAAGGUAGUCUGUACUGAUAUCUCUGGGUAUUUGUGGCUGUCGCCCUUGGUUCUUGAGGUCUUUUUCAAAUAAACACUCUCCCUGUGCUCUUUUCUUUCUGGACAAGAGAUAUAAAGUAAAUCCACUCAAAUCAACCAUUAGAUAAGCACUCUGAAAAAAUAACUUUGAAGAGCAUUCAUUCAUCUCAGUUCAUUUUUAUUUUGUUAUAGUUGUAAUGAAAAAGCCCUUUACAAAAUCCCUAGAAGAGUAGAAUUUGUUGGAGCUUAUUUUAUUAGAGCUACUGAAAUCUUGGAAUGAUGCCCUUUGGUGGCCAAAAAUGAAAUUUAGUUUGUUCUUAUGGAUAAGGUAUCACUUAACUUACCAGUUACUGUUUACUUGAAAAUAACUAUGGCAAGAAAGUGAUAAAGCCUGUAAGUAUAUAAAAGACUAAACUAUCUUUCUUGAUAGAAGCAAAGUUUGGGAAUAUUGCUUCUCUAAAAGUAUUAGAAGCUUCUGUUAUUUGUUUGAGUUAGGAUGCUAUGUUCACAUUCUUUAUAAAGGUCAUGUGUUCCACUGUAGACAGGUAGACAUAAAUGGUGUUGAAGCUCAAAUGAUAGGGUUAAGUAGUCCUUGAGGCUUAUUAGCAGAAUUUAAAUCUUGAUUCUAGUUAUUCAGACUGCAAAGCAGUGGUGGGGUUAUGAGAAUACAGAGCGUGUGCUUUGGAAUGGAACUUUUGAUUUCUUAAUAGAAAAAUGAAGAAAUCACAAAUAGGAACUGUUUUGCAUAAAAGGUAACAAAUAUUGUUUCCUCCAAAAAAGCCACCUACUAGAACUGCUCACAAAAUAGUCCUGUAAUUAUUAAUAUAAUAGAUAAAAUAGCUGGUAAGUCACUAAACUCUCAAAGUGUUUGAACACCUUAAUUGUUGACAUUUGUUGUUUAUCAGCCUACCAAAGUAUCUUGCAAGGGAAAGGGAAUCUGGUUCACAAUAUAAUCUAAAGGAGAGCAAAACCAGUAGGGAUAAAGUACCCAAUGUGUUUUACUAAAACACAAGCCAUUUUUAUUCUUUAUCGCAGUUAACUUGAGGUACUCUAAUGAUGAAGCACUCAAUUGCACUAUGACCUCCUGGAGUGAUGUGCAACUUGGUUCCUCUCUUUUCCUUUUAAUAUGAAAAUGUGAAUGUGUGAUCUUCAGUGUGUUUGCAUAAGCUAACUUUAAAUGAAUCUAAGAAGUUUUCUGAAAAAAAUAUUUCUAAUCUAUUGAAAUAAAUCACUUAAAAUUA